AAUAAAAUAAAACAAAGGGUAAGAGAGUAAGUUGCAAGCAAAAAUUACAGAUCUGACUUGAAACUGCAACAGAGAGAGGGCUUUAUAGCAGGCAGUAGCAGCAGAUCCAAAGCUCCCAACAGAUCACCGCGACUAUCAUCGAUCACUUGAAAAAUCUAGUACAGUUUCGGAUGAUUCAUUCGGCAAGUGAUGUGAAGGUUUACAGGAUUCAGUUAUAGGGUCGAUAACCCAGUAGUUACUUGUUCACAUCUAUGUUUGGAGGUAAUGUAAGUCCUGCUAACAGUCCUCAUCUACGAAAGUCUACAAGCAGAUCUAGGGUCUUUGAUUUGGGUGCUGGUGACCUGGGCAGUAGUGCAGAAGAAAAUUUCUUGCAAUCAGUAGAAUCAGAUGAGAUGAAGGGUGUAACGACACCAUUGACUACUGUGGCAAUAAUGCCUUCUCCAAUUUUACUCUGGAGACUUAAGGUGUUAUUGUUUGUCAUAUGGGGAUUCAUUUGCUGUAAGGUCGGAUGGGGUUCUGUUAUGAGAAUGAGUGCUGACCUGCGGGACCUGUUUUUAUAUGAGGCCUUCUUAUAUUACAAUCCUCUACUUCUUGUGACUUUGAUGGUUUGGCUUUGGGGAAUAAACUUGUGGGUCUUUUUCCAAGCCAAUAUUAGUUAUGCUACGAUUUUUGAGCUUGAUCAGUAUCACCUUACCCACAGGGAAAUAUGGAAGUGUGCAACCUGGAUGACAAUCAUUGUUCCUACUAGCAUGACAGCUUAUCUUUAUCUGUAUUCGCAUGGAGAAGUUCCAUUGGCUGCAUUCCAACCAGUGCUCUUGUAUUCUGCUGUUGCGAUGAUUAUCAUAUUUCCAUUUGAUAUCUUCUAUUUGUCAUCUCGCUACUUCCUGUUGAGGACUCUCUGGCGUAUAGUGUUUCCAUUGCAGGCAAUUACAUUCCCUGACUUUUUCGUGGCUGAUAUAUUCACCUCUAUGUCAAAGGUUUUCUCAGAUUUGGAGCGAUCAGUUUGUAGGAUGGUUCAUCGACAGGUUGCUACCAUUGCAUGGUUUGAAGCGGACUCUGUUUGUGGCAGCCACUCCGUCGCAAUCCCUAUAGUUCUUGUUUUGCCUUACAUCUUUCGUCUAUUUCAAUGUCUUCGGCAAUACAAAGAUACUGGGGAGAAAACCACUUUAUUGAAUGCUUUGAAAUACUCGACAGCAGUACCAGUUAUUUUCCUUUCAGCCCUCAAGUACCAUGUCUUGCCUGAUCAGUGGACAAACAUAUAUCGCCCUUUAUGGCUUUUGUCAAGUGUUUUGAACUCUUCUUAUUCUUUUUACUGGGAUGUAAACAGAGACUGGGACAUGAGUGGGUUCACUCGGAUCUUCAAAUUUAGCAAACUGCAUUUCUUCUCCCACAUGUUAUAUGGAAGGAAAUGGGUUUACUUUUGGGUAUUAAGUAGCAAUCUAAUUUUGCGUUGCACUUGGACCUACAAAUUAUCGGCCCAUCUUCGUCAUAACUACCUUACAGUCUUUGCAAUAACUGCAUUGGAGAUUUUCCGGAGGUUCCAGUGGGUAUUCUUUCGAGUUGAGAAAGAGGUUAACAAAAUGAAUACAAAGCAGAAUAUUCAGCUCUCCACAAUUGACAAGUCUACAGAGGAAGAUGCAUUACUCUUAAGUGAUCAUAAUGUAUAAUUUAACUAUUAAUGGACAAACACCAACUACGACCUCCAAAAGCUUUGCUUAUUAUUCUUAUGAGUUCUCAUACAAUCAAAUCAUUUAUUCCUGUUUCUAUUUAUAGUAUAGCAUAUAGGUUGAUGGGAUUCAACAUAUUCAUGUCCACACACCGGAAAAUUACAAUUUGGUAUCAAUUUUGGUUAUUUCC